GCUGUGGGGGCCGGGAGGGGUAGGUGGGAUGUAUGGGGUCGGGAGAAGGAGAUAAUAGGGCUGGGAAGAAGCAUCAUCCACCGGAAUCAUCCCUAAGUGCCCCAGUUCAGGAACCAGGCUCUCCAGCCCCCUGUGUGGGGGAGGGUCUUUGCCCAUUGCUCUGUCCCCAAACGUGGGGAGGCUGUGGGGUCUCUGCCGCCCGAGUGGGAGAGUGGGGGGAAGUUGUGGGCUCUCUGUUCCUCUUACAGGGUUGGUUGUGUGUGUGUGUGGUUGGGGGGGUGGAUCCGCAUCUCUUGACGAUGGACCGCGGUGGGGGGGCGUCUGUGUCCAUCCCUUUGCUAUCUGAAUGGGGGCGGUUUCUAGGGUCCUGUAUCCGAAAGCCCCUGCAACAAUAACUAACGCUAGCGCUCUGAUAACAAAUAGUUCCUCUGCCUAUCUCCUUCUCCCCACCACGUACCCCUCUUAGAGGUAUAGGGUACAGCGGUUUCAGGGUUAGACCUUAAACAGAAACAGACUCUUCCUCUGGAACUAUUGGAGGUUAUCAGGACUAGGGUUGAUGGAGAAAACCCCACGGUAUUAAUGUAUGUUAAGUAAAGGGUGGGAGGAUUUAGUUUUGUUCCAUACCUAGGACGUGUGCUGUGAUCUAACGUUCCAGUCCAGUGUGGUUUUUUUCACCUCUUUUAUUUAUAUGAUCUUCCUACUUGAAGGCCAUUUAAGUAGCUUAAGAGAAGUAUAGUUCCCUGGCCCCAAGGGGAUUAGUGAUUAACUCAUAGUAUCUGUUGAAGUGAUGAUCAUAUUUUGUUUGUGGUGCUAUGUACAAGAAUGCUAAAAUGUCUUUCUAUAAAUUAUCAACAUCGUUAUUGAAAUACAACCACCUUUAGGGUGAAGGGUGGCCACCAGCUGGCUCAUAAACACACUCCACAAAGUAUGCAUUUGGAUAAAGAACAUAGCAGAAUAGGUGUCUUCUGUGUGGAGUGCAUGGAAGGAAAACUUUCUUUAAUGCAUUCCAUGUGGAGACCUGGAAGUCUGAAGGAAACUUAAUCUCAAAUCCACGGGGGAUCAUUUCUUUUUUUAUGUUAGUCGACUCCCACUGAUGGCAUGUUGAAGUUCAUUGAACAGCAGCUGAGAGGGCGUCGGAUCAGAAGGGGACUGCUCUAAAAGCUGGGCUUGCACCAACAUGGGCCAGUGUGUCACUAAGUGCAAGAAUCCUUCUUCCACCCUUGGCAGCAAAAAUGGAGAUAGAGAAUCUAGCAGCAAGUCUCAUGGCAAAAGAAGUGCAGUUCACAAAGAAGAACAUACCUCAGUAUGUGCAAAAUCCUCUGGUGACAUACUUGUCAAUGGGACAAAGAAAACGGAUACUGCUUUAGAUUCUAGUCAACCUCCAACUUUCUCUGGGGAUGCAAAGAAAGAGCCGGUUUCCGGCACCGAGGAAUCGUCACUUCAGCGGAUUGGGGAAUUGUUUAGGAGAUACAAGGACGAACGAGAAGAUGCCAUACUGGAAGAAGGCAUGGAACGUUUUUGUAAUGACCUCUGUGUUGACCCCACUGAAUUUAAAGUGCUAGUUUUGGCUUGGAAAUUCCAGGCAGCUACCAUGUGCAAAUUUACAAGGAAGGAGUUCUUUGAGGGCUGCAAAGCAAUAAAUGCGGACAGCAUUGAUGGCAUUUGUUCUAGGUUCCCCAGCCUCUUAAAUGAAGCCAAACAAGAAGAUAAAUUCAAGGAUCUCUAUCGUUUCACCUUUCAGUUUGGCCUGGACUCUGAAGAAGGACAGAGGUCUCUACAUCGGGAAAUAGCCAUUGCCCUUUGGAAGUUAGUCUUCACCCAAAAUAACCCCCCUAUAUUGGACCAGUGGUUAAACUUCCUAAUUGAGAACCCCUCAGGAAUUAAGGGAAUCUCCCGGGACACAUGGAACAUGUUUCUAAAUUUUACUCAGGUGAUUGGACCAGACCUUAGCAACUACAGUGAAGAUGAGGCCUGGCCUAGUCUCUUUGAUACCUUUGUGGAAUGGGAAAUGGAACGAAGGAAAAAAGAAGAGGAAACCAAAUGUAUUACAUGUUCAGACACAGAGGGUCCGUGUAUAGAAGAACAGACUUAACAGCGUUUAAGCAGCAGUGACAGAAAUAACCUGUUGCCCUUCAUUAAAUGUAAACUCUGGACCUUUCUGGAAAUUACUGAGGCUCCAGAUUUUUCUACUUUACACCUUUCUCUGCCUUGUAUUUGAAAGGGCUCUAAAAUGCUGUAUCAUGGUUUAGGCACUUUCUUAAUUUUGGUUAUACCUUCAACUCUUGCCCUGAAAUAUUUGACCCUGGCUACAAGUUAAAAACAGUUAUUGGUUUUUUUUGUUUUUUGUUUUUUUAAGAUUUCAGAUUAGUAGAAGUCUGACAUUUCUUGCACAAUGUAGAUCUUUUUGUUAAGUUUAAAUUAACAUUGCUAAAUUAUACAGUGCCAGAUUCAAGUUUUGUAUCCUACACCUAUCAGGGCAGGUCUGUACUGUGUGUAGUGCUGUUUACAUUGUUGAAAUUUUAGGUUAUAUUAAUUUUAAGGUUUUAUACCAAUAUGAAUAGCAGUGUUAACUGCUAACUACAAAUGCAUUAAUUCCCUCUUAAAAACAAUGUAAGCGACUGCUUUUUGUAAUAUGGCUAAAUCCCAUUUUAAGCUAACUCUCAAAAAACAUGAGUUCAGGUCAUUCUUUUUUUGGAGUGUUGAACUAAAUGUUGGAUUUUAUUUAUGAAAACAUACUGUACCUGUCAGUCAACUGAACUGUAGUUAACACUUUGUAUCUAAAUUACUUAAGCAUCACAUGCAAAAGAGCAGUGCUACCUCAGUUUUACUGGAAGUAGACUUCCUUGAUGAAUUUUCCUUUCUGCUGAAGAAGUCAUUCAUAUUUUUAUGGCUAUGUGAAAAUACUUUGGAGCCAAAGGUUCUGCAUCUUAUGGCUGGUAAACAUUAACAGAAGCAAAAAAAAGCUGCUUUCGAGGGAAACUGGGGUAUGUAAAUCUGCUUUAAUUUACACUUGAUCUGUUCUUAAGUAUUAUCAACUUAUUUGUCUGGCAAGUGCAGUACACCUGUGUAGGGAUGAUCUCUUGCAUUAAUGUUGACAAACCAAUUUUUUAACCUAUACUUAAUUGCUAAAGCAUAGUUACAUCCCUCCAAAUUUUCUGGGGCAGCAACAACAUUGGCACCCAACGAAAAAGUGAGUUCUUCAAUGUGUUCUUAAUGACAACACUGUAGACAAUUCAUUUUUAGGCUGAUUUAAUAAUGUUUAAAUAAGACUCAAUUUAUUGUUUUAAAUUACCUGUACUGGGAUUAUUUGUCUGUUGUGACCUAAAAAGGGAGUUUUAUUAACACUGGUUGAAAUUUUGUUGGUUAUUGAUGCUACCUUUUUUAAUUUUAGUAUAUCAGCUUUUUUAUACUUCUUGGUAAAAGGGAUAACUGCUGAGGCUUUCUAUUAAGCUAAGCAUUGGCUCCAUAUAUUUGAUACAUUUCUAUUAUACAACUUUAUUUUCAGAGUUGUAAAAUGACUUAAAUUUAAAAAUGAAACUGGUGAGCAAUUAGUUCCUAUUGUCCAAUGGUUCUUGUGCGGUAGGGCUCUUUAAAGCAAAUUGUAAAUUGCUACUUUGCAUCCCAGUGGCCAGGCAGAUGCCCCGGCGGACUCUCACAAUGGUCACUGCAUGCUAGCAAAUCCAGUGGCAAGAUCUGUUUUGAGAUCCUGCAUCAUUAACAAUGCUUGUGUAAUUAAACUAAAGUAGGUAUCUGUUUAAGAAGAUUUUUCUCAAAUUACAUCUUCUCACCAUGGUGAGAGGUCAGUGUUCUGCGUGCAUUAGGGAUGUGUAAAAAUUAUGGAAAACUAAUGUUACUCCCGUUUCAAGUAUAAAAAAGGUUGUCAACUUUCAGGAGAAACACAAAAUUUAGGACUUGGUUCCUGGUAAUUAAAUAUAUGCUGAA